CACCCGGACCAGGAUGCCGGUCAUGAAGGGACUCUUGGCCCCGCAGAACACCUUCCUGGACACGAUUGCCACGCGCUUUGAUGGCACUCACAGUAACUUCGUCCUGGGCAACGCACAGGUCCAGUCUCUGUACCCGAUUGUGUACUGCUCGGACGGGUUCUGCGACCUGACGGGCUACGCCCGGGCGGAGCUGAUGCAGAAGAGCUGCGCGUGUCACUUCCUGUACGGCGCCGAGACGAGCAGCCAGCUGACGACGCAGAUCCAGGGGGCUCUGGAUGACCGCAGAGAGUUCAAGGCCGAGGUCGUCUUCUACAAGAAGUGUGGUGCGCAGUUCUGGUGCCUGCUGGACAUCGUGCCCAUAAAGAACGAGAAAGGGGAGGUGGUGCUGUUCCUGGUCUCCCACAAGGACAUCACUGACAACAAGACACAGCAGGACCCAGAGCAAGGCCCAGAAACUGAUGAAGAGACAGGGCUGGAGGUCCACCGCGUCACGCGGCCCCCGGCGUUCAAUGCCAACCGCCGCCGGAGCCGCGCCGUGCUGUACCAUCUGUCCGGACACCUGCAGAAACAGGACAAGAGCAAGCUCAAGCUCAACAAUAAUGUGUUCGGGGAGAAGCCACCCAUCCCUGAGUACAAGGUGGCAGCCAUUCAGAAGUCUCGCUUCAUCCUCCUGCAUUACGGAACGUUCAAGGCCGGCUGGGAUUGGCUGAUUCUGCUGGCGACCUUCUACGUGGCAGUCACCGUGCCCUAUAACGUGUGCUUCACGGUGGCCGGUGGGCGGGACGAAGGGAGCUCCGCCUCCCGCAGCCCCCCCAGCGUCAGUGACAUCCUGGUGGAGAUCCUCUUCAUGCUGGACAUUGUGCUUAAUUUCCGCACCACGUAUGUGAGUAAGUCGGGCCAGGUGGUGUACGACGCUCGGUCCAUCUGUGUGCACUACACCACCACCUGGCUGUUCGUGGACCUGAUCGCCGCCCUGCCCUUUGACCUGCUCUAUGCCUUCAACGUCAGCGUGGGUCUGCCUGAACAGGCGCAGUCCUCCAUCUCACCCUCCCGAUUCCACGCCUCCACCAACAAUAAGUACACUGAUUUGAAUUAUUUUUUCGCCCUCCUUGUCUUUCUCCCAGGUUGGCUCCAUGAGCUUGGGAAACGCCUGGGGACUCCCUACUUUCUGACACCCUUGACCCCACUUCUGGGCACAGCCGAUUCCCCUCACAUCACAGAUCUGGGCGGGACCUCGCCGAACGCCAGCCAGUGGAACGUCACGGGGGCGGAGCAUUCGGGGAGGGGGUCCUGGAACACCAGCCAAUGGAACGCGUCAGGCACAGGGCUAGUGGGCAGGGCCUCCCUGGCCUCCAGCCAAUGGAACACAUCUGGGGCGGAACUAGGGGGCGGGCCCUCGGUGCGCAGCUCUUACGUGACGUCCUUGUACUUUGCGCUGAGCAGCCUGACUAGUGUGGGCUUCGGGAAUGUCUCUGCCAACACCGACACAGAGAAGAUCUUCUCCAUCUGCACCAUGCUGAUCGGGGCCCUGAUGCACGCUGUGGUGUUCGGUAACGUGACGGCGAUCAUCCAGCGCAUGUACUCCCGCCGCUCGCUGUACCACACGCGCACCAAGGACCUGAAGGACUUUAUCCGCGUGCACCGGCUCCCCAAGGCCCUGGAGCAGCGCAUGCUGGAGUGCUUCCAGACCACCUGGUCCGUCAACAACGGCAUCGAUGUCAACGAGCUCCUGAAGGACUUCCCCGACGAGCUGCGCGCGGACAUCGCCAUGCACCUGAACAAGGAGCUGCUGCAGCUGCCGCUGUUCGAGUCGGCCAGCAGGGGGUGCCUGCGCUCCCUCUCGCUCAUCAUCAAGACCUCCUUCUGCGCGCCGGGGGAGUUCCUCAUCCGGCAGGGCGACGCGCUGCAGGCCAUCUACUUCGUGUGCUCGGGGUCCAUGGAGGUGCUGAAGGACAACACCGUGCUGGCCAUCCUAGGAAAAGGAGACCUAAUUGGCUCGGACUCGUUGACCAAGGAGCAGGUGAUCAAGACAAACGCCAAUGUGAAGGCCCUGACCUACUGUGACCUGCAGUACAUCAGCCUGAAGGGGCUGCGUGAGGUGCUGCGCCUGUACCCCGAAUAUGCCCACCGCUUCGUGACUGAGAUCCAGCACGACCUGACCUACAACCUCCGGGAGGGCAGCGGGCUCGACCUGGACUGGGAGAGUAAUGGGGGUCUGGUGAAGAAACUGCCCUCGAUCAGGGAGGAUGAAGAGGGAGAUGAAGAUGCGCAGUCACACCUGUCCUCUAUUCCGCGAUCACCCCUCCGCCUGUCCAGGGGUCUCAACUCACCCCUGCGCUCCCCACUCCUCGCCCCUCGACCCUUCCGCCCCCCCGCCGACAGCAGGCCCACCACCCUGCAGAUCCCCCUCGUCAGCUUCAGCGCCCCCCCAGAGCUCCCCAGGUUUGUCGAUGGGAUUGAGACGGAGUCCAGCCUCGUGUCAGCCCCCAAGUGUGAGUCCAGCCCCAGUAUGACCCACAGCAACCCCCCCACGCCGAGCCCAGGAAGCCGGGAGCAAGCUGAGACCAGACAGAGCAUCACUAGGUUGAGUCAGGAGAUGUCCAGUCUGUCCCAGCAGGUGGCUCAGCUGAGCAGUGAGCUCCAGGAAAUGACCCGCCUGCUGAGGCCCCUCCUGCUGAGGUCCCAAGCCAUCCCCCCUUCGCUGACCCCCACCUUAACCCCGCCCCCCAGCAGUGCCAGCGCGCCGUCUGUCACAAGCCCCCUCCCGGCCCCCCCCGCCCCGCCCCCGGCCAGCUCCUCGCUCACCGCCCCUGCCUCUCUUCUCGGCAGCCGCUCGGAGCCCCGCCUGGAGGACACGGAGGCAGGUGGGCUCUUGGGCAGUCUGUUCCCCUCCUGCCCCCCCCAGAGAGCCCCCCUCCAGCCCCAGACAUCCUCCUGUUUCCCAGGAAGCCCCUGCCAGCCCCUCGCCCAGCCGGGGGCCCGGAAGGAGGGCGCAAAGACCCCGUGCCCCCUCCAAGACCGCUGGCCCCUCGUUUCUCGGUCUCCCUCGCCCUCGCUGUCUCUGUCCCUGUCCCCCUCGCUCUCGUCCUCCCCCUCCCCGUCUCCCUCCGUCUCCCCUUGCCUGGGGCCGCACCUCUCCGCAGCCGAGAGCCGGAAGAGAGGCCCCCGCCCCACGCUGCCGCCCCGUUCCUCUCCGCCAGUCACCCCCCCACACGCCCCUUCCUUCCCCGGUGACCCACAGUGUCGUGCCGGCUCUCCGGGGAACCAGGGGGUCGGACAUUAUGCCCCCUCACCUUGCCCCUACGCCUCCUGUUCCCACCCCUCUCCCUCUCCCUCUCCCUCCUGCCCCGGGAACUGGGACUCUCCCGGGGAGAGGGAGGGGGCGCUGCAGGCGGGGUCCCCCAGCCACACGGGGUCCAGCAGCAAGCCCCCUCCUCUGGAGCUGCGGGAGUGGGGGGCAGGCGGGGAGCACCCCCAAACGGAGAACAUCAGCUUCAUCGACGAAGAGGGGACCCCCCUGUGAGAAGGAGAGAGGCUGAGGAGCGAGCGCAGGACUGAGAGAGAAAGAGGGACCCCCCUCGCUGUGCACAUCCCACCCCCUCGGCCCCUGCCGGCUGCGCCAGGGGCGCCCCCAUUCCCUGCAUCGCU